CGACUCGACAAGAAAGAAAGGAGUGAUCGAUGAAUUGAUGCUCCAUUUCAGUUUCCUCUCCCAAGAUAGAAGAUUCUCCUCCUGCAGGUGCUACACCCACUGUGUAACUUCAACUACGAGCUUCGCAUUCAUCGACCAUGGGCACGGUUGAAGUUCUCGUGGCUCAAAUCCAAGGGUUGUCCAGUACGGCCGGCGAUAUCUCACGCCUCCACACUCUUCUCAAGCAAUCAGAAGAACUGCUUCACACCGACACCGCUUCUUUACCUUCCGCAUUGACUCAACUUGAUGCUUCCAAACACUCUCUAGGAUAUCUCUACGUUCUAGAGGCAUGCACGUCCGGACCAAUUUCACAAGAGCAAUCCAGUUCAACUGUUCUGACUAUUUCAAGAUUUAUCUCUUCUUGCAACCCAGAGCAGAUUCGCUUAGCACCUGAAAAAUUCGUCUCUGUUUGCAAGAGGCUCAAAGAACAAGUUUUGCUACUUGAGGCUCCAUUAAGAGGAGUGGCUCCACUUCUUACUGCUAUUAGAAAACUCCAGACCUCCUCAGAACACUUAACUACUUUACAUCCGGAGUUUCUUCUUCUUUGCGUAUUAGCAAAGUGCUACAAAGCUGGCAGAUCCAUUUUGGAUAAUGAUAUUCUCGAGGUUGAUCAACCGAGGGACCUGUUUCUUUAUUGUUAUUACGGGGGGAUGAUAUGCAUAGGACUAAAGCUAUUUCAUAAAGCGCUUGAGCUUCUUCAUAAUGUUGUAACUGCUCCGAUGCCAACAAUAAAUGCUAUAGCUGUUGAAGCAUACAAAAAAUACAUUUUGGUCUCACUCAUUUACAAUGGACAAUUUUCAACCAGUCUCCCGAAGUACACUUCUUCAGUAGCUCAGAGAAAUUUAAAAAACUUCUGUCAGCCCUACAUUGAAUUGGCAAAUAGUUAUAGCACGGGAAAUAUUACCGAAUUAGACACUGCUCUUCAAACAAACAAGGAGAAAUUUGAAAGUGACAACAAUCUUGGACUCGUGAAUCAGGUUGUAUCUUCUAUGUAUAAGCGCAACAUUCAGAGAUUAACACAGACGUACUUGACCCUCUCUCUCCAAGAUAUAGCCAAUACUGUUAAACUCAACAGCCCAAAGGAAGCUGAAAUGCAUGUACUACAAAUGAUCCAGGACGGUGAGAUUUUUGCAACAAUUAAUCAGAAAGAUGGAAUGGUCAGAUUCCUUGAGGAUUCUGAGCAGUACAAAUCCAGCAAGAUGAUUGAACAUAUUGACUCGUCAAUCCGGAGGAUAAUGACACUUGCGAAGAAAUUGACUACUAUGGAUGAAAAUAUAUCAUCUGAUCCUCUGUAUUUGGCAAAGGCUGGAAGAGAGAGGCAGAGAUUCGAUUACGAUGACUUUGACUCUGUUCCUCAAAAAUUUAAUGUUUGAAUGUUAACCACCCUAUGUACUAUGAAUUUUGAUGGGGGCAAUGGAAAUUGAUUCGUAUUUUAUCUCGUUCCAAGAGACAAAGCCUUUCAAGGCCAUUUGCUCCUUAUGAGAAGUGUAUGUUUGUAUUC